AUGACAGACUUUACCGGAAAACUUGAUCCUAAUCCUAGUCAAAUUAGAAUCUUGUCUUGGGACAGAUUUUCAAACAACAAAGAAAAUAAGACAGUUUUCGUCUGCGAACUGGCUGACAGUUAUGGAGUACAUACAGGCAACGGAUAUUGGAAAACAAUAGGACUGUCUUUUCCCAAAACUGAAAAUGACAAAAUUGCCAAAUUAAAAAAUAUUUUGCGACUUAAUACUCUUAAUCCUAAUGAUAAAAAAAAAACUUUUUUAUUAACCCAAGUGGCAGGAGAUGUGGCGUUGCCUCACAGUCCGUUAGAGUUUGGAUUUACUUCCGUAAAAGGCGGUCAAGUCAUGGUUUUCAAUUCUCCCGAUUUAGAUUUCUUUGCAAUUCCUAACCUCUAUUAUGAUAUAAAAAAUGAAGAGUUAAAUGUGGAAGUAAAUGGAUUUAAUUACCAAGCAAGCGAAAAAAAAAUUAUUCUCGAAAUAACCAAACAGGAUCUCAAAGAGCAUAAUUACAAAGCGGCAGUCCCGGUCGCUAAAAUCAUUUUUAGCGGAAAUAACCCUGGCAAAUUGGCUGAAAUACACAAGAUAAUAGAAUACAAUUUCAACAAAAAUGAAAAACAAUUUACUAUCAAACAAAUAGAAGAAUGA